ACGACGAUCUCGCUCGCUAGUCACGGAAGUAGGUUUUGACAGUCAUCCGCAAACAGACGGACGCCAGUAUUGCCAACCGCUCGGUCGCUCUCUCGCGUACCGUUACCUCAUACGGGCGCAUGCGCAGCCGAUUUUAAUCUCGCAUUCUGUCAAAAGUGAUCAUCAAGGAGCACAAGUGCGCGAAGCAACUGGUCUAACCUUGUCUGUCGCGGAAUCAAAUCGCUGAAAUUUAUAGGAAUUGCAAGCAAAAAACACGAACAAACGUCAUGCUUCACAUGUCGUCUGCUUGCGGUUGACUUGUGACGUCACCAGCAAUCAGCUGAGACGCGUCAAUUGUGGUAUACGCGUCAACCACGUGUUUACCAGCAAUGACUGGUGUUGAAUAUUUGUCGUCGUUGCCGUCAGACAAUGUAAGGACAAAAAUGGAUGGAUUGGUGAUGCAAGUGUUAUACGGAAGCGAGACCGGAACUGCACAGGAUGUCGCUGAACAAAUUUGGAAGAGCGCCCAAAGAAAACAACUGCAAAGUACUGUAUCAUCUUUGGACGAAUAUGACAUGCGACAUUUCUCUUCCGAACAACUAAUUGUCUUUGUUGUCGCAACUACUGGACAAGGAGACCCUCCAGCUAACAUGAAAACAUUCUGGAGACGUUUACUAGGCAAGAGUCUUCGGGCAGACCUGCUGCAAAAUCUAAAAUAUGGCGUACUUGGUUUGGGUGAUAGUUCCUAUUCAAAAUUCAACUUUGCUGCAAAAAAAUUAAACAAACGUCUUGCGCAAUUAGGUGGCAAAGAAUUAUUACCCAUUGGACUUGCUGAUGACCAGCAUAAUUUGGGCAUUGAUGCUGUAGUGGAUUCCUGGAUUAAAAAAUUAUGGGAAGAAAUUGCAAACGUUUUUAAAAUUUCUAUAGAAGACAAGAUUCCGGAAAAUUUAAUAAUUGAAAGAUAUCGCGUCUCAAUAUUAAAAAAGAGUGAUUCCGAUAUUUUAGAAAAGCCAUUAUUUAUUAAUGACAAUUGUAUAUUCUAUCCAUAUGAAUCAGACAUUGGCAUUUAUGAACGAAAAACAGAUAUAAAUGUUAAAAUAGGAACAAUAUGUGAAAAUGUAAGAACCACUUUAGAAGAUCAUUUUCAAGAUGUUAGAUUAAUAACUAUCAAAUUACCAUAUGAUAUUAAAUAUGAUCCUGGAGAUGUUAUCUACCUUAGACCAAAGAAUUCUAUGGAACAAGUGAAACGUUUCUUUAAUAUACUUUGCGAACACAAUAUAGAAUUGUUUCCAGAUACAAUGAUUGUAGUAACGGAGAAGGAAAUAAAAGUUCCAUUUGCUUUGACAGGCGAAUGUUUAUUUUUAAAAGAAAUUGUUGAACAAUAUUGGGAUCUGAAUUUCAAACCACGAAGAUCUACAAUGCAUACUUUGUCUCUUAUCAGUGAAAAUGAGUUAGAAAAGGAAAAAUUACAUGAAUUUGCUAGUCCAGGUGGUCAAGAAGAACUUUAUGAUUACAUAAACAGACCAAAAAGAAAUAUUUUAGAAGUUCUCGCGGACUUUCCUUAUACGACUAGUAAACUAAAUAUUGAAUUGUUAUUUGAAAUUAUGUCACCCAUAAAACCACGUCCUUAUAGCAUUGCCUCCAGUUCAAAAGCUACUCCAGAUUCAAUUCAAAUUUUGAUAGCGGUAGUUAAAUACACAACUAGACUGUUGGAGCCAAGAUAUGGUUUAUGUUCAAAUUGGCUGGCAAGUUUAAAAAGGAAUGACAAAGUGGUAUUUUGGUUUCAAAAGGGAACUUUUCGAUUUGAAGAUAAUAAACCAAUGAUUUUGAUUGGUCCUGGAACUGGCGUUGCUCCAUUUCGAUCCUUUCUUUUGGAAAAAGAAAAGCAGGAAAGAGAUUUGAAGGAAUGCGCUCUGUUUUUUGGAUGCAGGAAUAAGAAUAAGGAUUAUCACUGCAGGGAAGAUUUUGAACGCUUAUCGAGAGAGAGAAAUUUGAAAGUGUUCUGUGCAUUUUCUAGGGAUCAAGAUCAUAAAAUAUAUGUGCAACAUAUUAUUCGUAAACAAAGAGAGUUAUGCUGGCAGUUUUUACAAAAUGAUGGCAACAUUUAUUUGGCAGGAACGGAACCUGUGCGUCUUUCACCAGGAUGGGAAGGCACAGGUAGACCUGACGACGAACUUAAUUUUAAAGGCGUUACAAUGGAUCAAGCAGAUCUCGAAUUGAAUCCUCCUAAAGAUAGAUUAAAUUUAGUAUUUUGCAUACUGGUACUUCAUGGAAUCGGUGCCUUGAUGCCAUGGAAUAUGUUUAUAACAGCUAAAGAUUAUUUUGUGAAUUACAAAUUGUCUAUGGAGUACACUGGUAUAGAUACAAACUAUGCAACAAAUUUUCUUGCAUACCUGGGAUUCGCGGCGCAAAUUCCCAAUCUACUGUUUAAUUGGCUGAAUGUGUUUUUACAACUUGGAGGCAAUUUAACAACGCGCAUAGUGUGGAGCAUCUUUGUGCUGGUCUUAAUAUUUGUCUUUACUGUCGUCUUAGCGAUGACUGACAGUUCUGGCUGGCCUGGAGUAUUCUUCUGGAUUACUAUGGUAUCUGUUGUUAUAUUAAAUACUGCUAAUGGUAUUUACCAGAAUUCAGUGUUUGGAAUGGCAGCGAAACUGCCCAUCAAAUACAUGGGCGCUGUUGUUUUAGGCUCGAAUAUCAGUGGAACUUUUACAGCUAUAAUAAACUUCCUUGCACAAAUAAUGGCGCCGAAUGCGCGUACUGCUGCUAUAUAUUACUUUAUCACGGCUUUGUUCAUUCUACUGGCUUGCUUUGACACAUAUUUUGCACUUCCAAUUAAUAGAUUUUAUCGAUAUCACGAGCUGCUUUAUCAGAAAGAGACGAGCAAAAGACAAUUAGAGAACAGUUCCAGGGGAAGCAACAGACCACCAUAUUGGGCAGUGUUUAAGGCAUGUUUCCCGCAAUGUUUUAACACAUUUUUAAUCUUUUUCGUGACUCUAGCGCUUUUUCCAUCAGUUCAAUCUGAUAUACAAUCUUCAGACAAGAAUUUCGUGAUUCCGCCUGAAUAUUACAGCAGUGUUAUGUGCUUUUUAACAUUUAACAUCACUGCGAUGCUCGGAAGCUCAAUCGCAUCAUUAGUUCAGUGGCCCAGCCAGAAAUAUCUGGUGAUUCCGGUAGUACUGCGAUUUGCUUACUUACCGUUGUUUUUAUUCUGCAACUACCAACCGGCUCGCAUAGAGAGAUCACUACCCAUAUUUAUCGAUAAUGAUUGGAUUUUCUGGAUCAUUGCUAUUACUAUGGGCUUCAGUAGCGGAUAUCUGUCAUCAUUAUCAAUGAUGUACUGUCCUAGAAUGGUGGAUUCGCAGCACGCAUCGACGGCCGGCAUGUUUGGGGCAGCAUCUUUAAUUACGGGGAUCUUUACAGGAAUCCUAUUUUCCAUGGCAAUGCCAAGUGUGGUGGCCAACGUGACGUUUUGAUUGUUUUAAAGAUGAAAUUUAGCGUUGCGAUAUACUUCUAUUUACUCAGGAGUUAGAAAAGAAAUGAAAAUUGAGAGAUAUUGGAACGUUUCUCUUAUUACAGUUAAAGAUGAGCAAUUUCUAUUCCUUAAGAAAAAAAAAAAAACAUUUUAAGAGCGGAAAUACUGAGGCUACUGCUCUUUAACACGAAAUAAGAGAAACAUUUCGAAAUGUUUACAUAUAUGUUGAAAAUACAUAUACAUAUAUAAUCAUACAAUUCUUUAAAUAGCAGAUUAUGAAGACAAGCUUUCAAUUAAAUAAGAACCUUUCAAAGUAAUGCAUGUUUUAUAUAAGCGUGACUUGGAGUUUUUGGAUUGAUUAAUCAUUUUUAAUGUCCUGUUGAUAGGAGAAAUAGUUAUGGAAAAAUAAAUAAGAUCAUGUAAAGUACGCAUUAAUGACCAGAAUAAGAUCGUUUCACAAGAGAUCUCUUGAAAAAUACCGGAAUUUAUCAGGUUUUAUCAGGAUUUAGAAAAGUUAAUAUAUUACUACUGCCCUUAUUAAUAAAACCGGACCAAUAAGCCUUAUUAAUGAAAAAAGAAAGCUGUACGGCACUUCCAUUUUUCGCAUUGUUCGAAUAACUGCUAAAUCAUUAGACGUAACAAAAAGAUUGUACAUUUAAAUCUGCAUAAUUCGUCACGCGUUUAAAGCUAAACGUAUUUUUCAUUUUGUUAAGAUUACAUUUAAAAUAUAAAGUAGAAUCAAACACUCCCAUCUUUGGCGCUAAACGCGUAACGAAAAUAUGUCUCUUAAUAGAAGUAAGCAUUACAUUUUUAGAUAGAGUUUACGCUAAAGUUGCCAUGCUGAAUUUUCCUGCAGAAAUUUUAUUUCUAAGUUAAUCUUGCUAUAGGCAUAUAUAAUUUUAAAGACAAAACAGUUUAAAAAACAGUUCUAGCAGCACUCCUUUGAAUUAAACAAUUAUAAUCUAAUUUAAUUACAUUGAAAAAGUAAAUUUUGAGUUUUACAUACUUUAAUUAUUUAAUUGAUCUUGGUUUAAAAGUUAAACUUGGGAAUAAUAAUAAAAUAGAGACCAUAUCUAGUAAUAUUUUUACAUAAUUGACAAGAUUUUGUAGGAAGAUCUGAUGUAAUUGUUUUGUAAUAAAUUUCCAUAUUAUUUUUAGUAUUACAAAUUUAUUCUGUAAUUACACGAGGUUGUUAUUUAUUAUUUUUUAGUACUGUUUAGUACUUUAUUUAAUAUUUUUUAUUUACAUAAAAAGUUGUCAUGCCUCGAAUUUUAUUAAAGUUAUAAUGAAUAUAUCAAAACAAAAAUUUUGCAGUUUUUUAGUUUUAUGAUAUUUUCAUAAAUUUUCCGUCUUAUAAUACUUGAAAUAAAAAUUUUAUUACAUUGAAAGUUAUGCAGGAGAGUCAAGACUGUUGGCCAUCCGAUUAAUACUAGUCCUAUCAGAAUUUUGACGACGAGCUUUCCACCUUAUCUAAAAUUAACACGAGCUAUAAUUGUAGAAAUUGGAAAUAUUUAUACAUUUGCUUGGACUAUGAUUAUAUGUUUUUAAUUGCAUAAUUUUUUGCCAUAUAUACAUGAGCUUAUAUUAUUUAUGUUUUAAUUAUAUAUUAGUCAUAUGAAAAGUCAUGGUGUUUUGUAAAUUUCAAAUGAUUGUAAUUAAAUUGUGUGAUGCACAAUAUUCUUCCAUAAAGCAAUAUUUGGACAAUCUGUACAAUUUUUUUAAUAAGAGCGCACAUUGCUUCAGAUAAAACUUAAUUUUAAACAUAAACUUUUAUAACUUAAGCUUAUACAAAAGCUUGUUAAUGUUUUUCUAAAUUUAUAUUAGAAAAUUAUAUUUUAAUAUCAUAAUUACAUUAAUUAUUAGUAAGAUAUGGCGGGGCUGCUUGAAUAAUUUGAUAUAAAUUUUUUAAAAUUAUCGCUGUUAAACAAUGCACAUACAUUCAUAAAUGUUCAAAUGUAACGUUUAUAUACAUCAAUGCGCACAUGCGAUAAAUUUGGAUAUUGUCUUAUUACCCAUAGAUAGCUCCAUUGUAUCUUAUAUAGCAAAUUGAAUCUCAUCUUCGUCGAAAUUUUCUCAUACUAGUUUUAUGAUGUAGCAUUUGCAUUAUACAUUAUAUUGAAAGUUAGUACAGUGUAUACCGUGAGAGACGGCUCAAACGUCUUUUCAUAAUUUUAUAUUUUUCUACAAGAGUUUUACCUUGAGUACAUAAAUGGAGUGUUUCUAAAAUCUUUGGCUAAAUUUAAUCAAACUGUAUUCAAUAAUUCUGUUCAACUAAUCUUAUCAUAAAUUUUUUUAAAUAAUUUUAUCCAAUUUUACCUAUCAUCGAUUCUAUUAAUAUAUAUUGUACUGAUAAAAAACUAUAAUAUUCCUAUAAAUUAGUGAUUUUGAUACAGUGUAAUAUAAUUUAUCCAAAUAUUUUGAUAACACCCUGUAUAUAUACAAUGUGGGAUAUAUUCAGCAAGAGAGCGCGUUUGUACAUGCAUUUUUAAUUAUUCUAAAGUAUAAGCUCUAUGACUCGUCUAUUAUCUCUCUUUAUCUAAUACUGUGCGCAAUCCAUCUCUAUUAUCUUUCAUCGGUUCUAUUUACACUCUACUAAUCGAUAAACAUAAAAGGUUGCACUACUAAUGCAUUUGAAAGAUUUCCUUAUUUGCAAUACAGUGAUUUUAGGAGAAACUUUUACAAAUUAAAUUAAAUCUAGAUUUAAUACAAUAAAUUUAAUUUUUUUUUUUUUUUAUUCUAUAGCUUUAUCUCUAUUAAAUAUAAAUUUAAUAAAUUAUUAUUGUAACAUAAUUGUAAGUUGUGUUUUUAAAGACAAUUCUAAAAUAAUAAGCUAACUACCUUCACAUAUAUAGAAUUACUGUGUUGCGAAUAAAAAUGUUUUUUUUUUUUUUUUUUUUAAUUACUUUAUUUAAAAAACGAAGGGAUUUCUUACACUUUAAUCGUUAUCAGAUUGACGAAAAUAAUAAUUCUAAAAUGAAUUCUGAAUUCCUACAAGGACAAUCCUCCGUAUAAAGCAACAGACAAUAAAUAAUCGAGGGAAUUCGAUAAUCCAAUAAAAUCGGAAGAUUCAUUAAAUUUAAAGAAGAGAAAAAAGAAAUUGAUAGAAUAGAUAGAAUAUUUUUAUAUGGAUUCUCACAGUCAUACAUGAAUAAAUUUCAUUCGACAAAUUGUUUCGCGCGUAUUAUACUGUUUAGAUUAUAAACGAGCUGUGUAUUUUAAACAAAUUCACGCAUUAAUAUUACACGCUACGUAUAUAAGAUUUAAGUGUAUAUUUAUUUCCGCAUGAAAAUGGGAUAUAACUCUUUAAAUAAGUUCGUUCUAAGGAGUUUUAUCAUUUUUAUGUCGAAAUGUAAUACAAUAAUAUAUUAAUUAUCUAUACAAAUCUAUAAGAUGUCUAAAAAAUCGCAGAUUUCUCGAUUAUAGAUUCAUAAAAUAAAAUAACUAUUCAAUAAUUUGAAAAGAAAUCCAUUUUAUGCUAUUACAUAUUCCCGAUUCUUUCUAAAAUUUUAAUUUAAAAGAUUAAAUUAAAUCCAUUAUAUUAUUUUAAUUGUUAAUAUUCUUAAACUUAAAUUUUUAAUAUUAUAUACUUUGUAACUGUUUUAAAGCAUUUCGACAUUCGGUAAAUCGAUGUUCUUUUUAUUUGACUUUUAUCUGCGAUUUUUGAAAAAUAUAGAUUCUGUGAAACAUCCUGAAUAUGUAAAAAUUGAAGAUCUUGUAAGAUAAGAAAUGGUUGCGUUUUAUGAAUAAGUAGAUUUAUGGAAACAGUUUGAACCGUUCAAUUUAUUGUAGAAAGAAUGUUAAAUAAAUGAGUAAGGACUAAUUAUCCCCAUUGAAAAAUA